GCACGUCAUGUUUUUCAAUGGUUCCUUGCCAUUGCAAAGUAACGGUUACUGAGUACCGGCUACAAGGGGUCUAUUGCCCAUAUGUCUUACACUCAGCAAAUCAGAUGAAAAGAAACAACUAAGCAGUUCAGCAGAGAGACAGAUUGAUGAGGCAAGAGAACUGCUUGAGCAGAUGGAUCUAGAGGUGCGAACCAUACCAUCUUCAGAUAGGCAAAAAUACAGUACUCGAUUGAGAAGUUAUGAAGCAGAACUUACCAGACUAGAAAAAGAUCUUAGGAAAGCCAAGAUAGCAUUCCGUGAUGGGGAUGCUUCAAGAGAAGAGCUUCUAGGAAUAGAUGAUCCAAGGAACUCCGAAGAUCAGAGAGCAAGGUUACUUGAUAACACAGAGAGGUUAGAGAGAUCUGGCAAGAAACUGGAAGCUGGUUACAGAAUGACGAUAGAAACAGGUACAUUUGCAAGAUUCUACAAGAAAGAUGUGACAUCUGCGUCAACCAUAGGAGAACAUGUUUUAGCAGAGGAACUUGGUCAAGGCAUUCUUGAAAAUCUUCACAAAGACCGUGAGAAAAUUCAGCGGUCAAGAGCAAGAUUACGCGAGACAGAUGCUGGUGUUGGUCAAAGCUCACGUGUCCUGAGUGGAAUGAUGCGUAGGAUAAUUCAGAAUCGUAUACUGAUGGUAUUUCUUGCCAUAGUGUUCCUUGCAAUCAUCAUCAUUAUUAUUUAUUUUAUGGCCAAAAAGAAAUAACUUCCCAGACGUACACAGACAAAAAUGGAACUUGUCUUCAGCCAGGACAUACUCACUUGUGUGACUGUGAUUAAAUUUAUGUUAGAAUAAAACUUUGGUGUAGUCAUAAAUGUUUGAGACCCUUCAAACAACACGUAAUUCAAUAGAAUCAUGCCUUGUGGGCAAUUGCCCCCUCAGAUGUGAAAAUGCUAAAAAUAGUUUCCAAUGUAGAAGCACCUGUCACUGGUUUUAUAUGCCAUAAUACUGCAUAUGAAAUGGUGAUGUUGGAGCUAUCAUAAGACUAUUAUAAGACUUGUUCCUGCCCCCUCUUCUGAAGUCUAGAAUUGAUAUGGAAUUCCGUGAAACCAGUCAACUUUAGUUCUUGGAAAAUAAACUCUUGCCUUCCCUAGUACAUUAGCAUUAAUUUCCAAUACACACACACAGAUGAAUGGUCAUUUAAAAGAUACCAACUUUACCACACAGUGCUCUGUCUGGUUCGGUCACUGAUGAGAACACUGAUGAGGUGUAUAUACACGUACAUGUACUUGGCCCAUAGAGGACUGUACAUAGAUGCUGUGGGGACAUAUGGUGUGGGAACAUAUGUUUGUCCCCACAACUCAGUCUUCACUUUCGUAACAAAAGUAAUUGGUCUCAUCAACCUGUAGCAUCCUGGGCUGUUACUUGGCAAAUGUAUUUACAGGUAGACUAAAGUCAUCUUUGGAAGGAAACCAACAUUCAAAGUCACUCUAAAAAUGUUUUGAAAACAUGGAUACAUUAAAUGUAAUAAACUUUGUGGGUUCAAGACAAUGCUUACCUUUGUAGAUGUAACUUAUCGUAGUCUUCCAGCCAUUCUGUGACAGUCUUUUGCUAGAUUUUCAUGUUUGAACAAAACAGUCAUCUAGGCAAGUCAGUAAAACAAGGGCUUACAGGUAUGUUACAUUCAAACCAAGCAUAGUGUAUAUCAAGAAAUACCCUGUGAUAACAUUCAGGAAAAGGUAAGGACUAAAUUGCAUAUAUUCAUUGAGAUUGUGAAAUUAUAAUGAAAUAUUUUUCUGUGUGUUUUACCCCUGAUAAAAUGAAUCUCGGUACAACAUUGUCAAAUCAACAGAAUGAUGAAGAUUCUUGGCAUUCCUUCCAGGAAUUCAUUCACAAUGAUAUGAUCUUGUUGCAUUGAUGAAGUGGUCAUGGAAAUCUAAAUCUGAGCCAAACACAGUCCUUUGUUUUGAAAUCGUUGGUGACAUCCUGUUAAUUAACAACAGGAAAACAAUGCCUGCUGGAAUAUGAUUGAAUUGUGUAGUACCUGUAUAGGUGGUUCAAUAAUUCUUGUGAAGUUUAUGUUUGGUUAAUACCUUGGAAAAAGUGAUCAACAUAUUAUGUGUAUUUUAAGAACUCAAAAUGUGACUAAAAGAAUCAUCAGAACCUCCUGCAUGUGUAUGUUGUAAAAUUAUUUGUACACUUGUUAUUGGGACCUAGACGUACGGACUUGUCUCGACCUCAGUUUGUGCUUGUAUGAUGUCAUGCUUUUGAUGACGUCGUGGAGAUUUAUGUACUGAACUAUACGUUUAAUACUACAUGAACUACCUUCAAGACAUAACAUUCCAAAAGUUUCCCAGUCUCACGCUUUUCUCUGCUGGGGAGGAGUUCCAGCCACUGGGAAGACUAAUGUAUACGGUCUUUACAUAGUGGUAGUAAAGUCUAGUAUAAUGUCUUUGCAUCAAAACACUAACCGACGAGCGUGUGUAUGACUAUAUUGAGACGAUUUUACCCACCCGUAGUCUACCGUGUAUCGUGCAUGGCAGUACGUAAGAAUGUACAUUUUUUGUUUAGAGCAACAAGUAUUUUCUGUAAUCAUAACUGUACAUAGUUGUACUAUGUGUUGUUAAUAUGUAGAUUCCCAUUAGCUGUAUCGAGGCAUGCUGUUUAUUUAUAGUUUUCACUGCUGGCGAAAAUAAACAUUUAAUGCAUGGAUUUAAA